GUCUAAAAAAAAAAGACGUCAUUUAUUAGUUCUCUUCUAUCUCAAAAUAUAUACACCACCACAUUCCGCCAACUAAGACUUCGCCCAAACCGGUCACCAUCAGACAGGACAUGCAGUCGAAGAUUCACUGUGUACAUGUCGCGCUAAAGUAAACACAGGAUCUAGAUAUUUUUCUUUCUUUGUUAUUGUUGUAGAGCUCGUUUGCCGGGAAAGUCUCGUAAAUCACUCUAGCCUCAAAGGCUCGUUCCGUGGUGUGAUACAGUGUUAAACUAAUGUCAACUCGACUGGAUCGGGCUGUAGUGUGUUGCAUAAUUUCUGGAUGUGACCCAGUCUAACGGAUGCCAGACUGCAUAAAGGGGUAGCUCUUUAGGACACAGACACGUGCAGUGUGUACCAUUCUAACACAUCUUUAGACCAUUGUUCCCAUUACCAGCUUUAUGCAGACGUUUCUGUAAACAGAAUACCCGCGCGUGCAACGGAGCAGCAUAAACAUCUGUCAGGAUGCUGUGACUGUAUAUUGCAUGAAUAACUUGAACAGAAAAUAUUUUUAUUAAUAGUUUUAGCUUCUUUGUUAUAAAAUAAUAUCCCCAAAGCAAUGCCUAUGGCCAACGACACUAUACCUCUAGCGGCGCAAGGGGCAGUAAACAGUUCUCGGCUGAUUCACCGGAGUAAUUUUCGAUUGUUCGCCCUUGCCAUAUUCUACAUUCUCUUUCUGGUGAUUGGCGCGGCCGUGUUUGCCGCCAUAGAAGGACCGCACGAGUCUCGUCUGGUGGACCACGUCCGUGACGUCAGAUACAGUUUUUAUGACAAAUACAAGAAAUGCAUUAGCGAUGAGGAGCUAGAAAAGUUUAUUCAAGAAAUUGUACAAGGGGCUAACAGGGGCGUGUCUGCCGUGAAGAAUGUGUCCCAGUCAGAGCCUAACUGGAGCUUUGGUCAAGCUCUGUUCUUUGCCAGCACAGUGGUCACCACCAUAGGUUAUGGUCGAGUGACUCCACUGUCGGAGGCUGGAAAAGCUUUUUGUAUUCUGUUUGCCAUCAUGGGUAUUCCCUUGACUUUGGUUCUGUUCACUGCUUGUGUGGAGAGACUCAUGAUCCCGACCAGAAAUUUACUAUAUUGGCUGUAUGGCAAACUAGGUCAUCUAUACAAAGUUUUUCAUAUACAAGUUCUUCAUUUGUGUAUCAUCCUGGGUAUCCAUAUCAUAUUCUUCAUGCUCAUUCCUGCUGCCAUCUACACCGUUCUGGAGCCAAACUGGAAUUAUUUAGAUGCAUUUUAUUAUUGUUUUAUCUCUCUGUCUACUAUAGGACUCGGGGACUACAUUCCUGGUGACAGUGCAGACCAGCCUCACAGAGCGUUGUAUAAAGUUGCCACCACAUUUUAUCUGUUGCUCGGCAUCACGAUGCUGUUGCUGCUCAUCACUGUCUUCUACGACAUCCCCGAGCUCAAUCUGGGCUACCACUUCUACUUAAAGAACGACGAAAACAACAGAGCGGAUGAAAACACUCGCCUCAAGCCGUCGGAAAGUGGAAAUAGCACCAAAUAUACCAAACAGGUUGAUGAUACUCAGAGCAUUCGAUCAGGAGAGUUCCACAGCUACCAGCAAGAUGUUCAAACUCCAGUUACAGAAGAGGAGCAGCAGCAUUAACCUUCACUCUUCCCCAGCCAGCACAAGGAAAUAAGGAAAGACAAUCACAUUGUGGGAAUCGGAGCUCAUUUCUCUGACCAUGACCUUGAUAAAAAAAAACAGAUCUCGUCAGUUUUGAAUUUCAAUUUGGUUACAAAAAAAAGUUAUAUCAAGUCAGCAAUAAAUUAUAGCAGUCUUGUGUACAUUAUCUUUGAUGUCCCCUAAGCCAGCACAUUAAAUGAUUAAUGCUCAAAUAGUUUGAAAAAAAUUGAUUAAACAAAGUCAUUUUCUCAAUUGCAUUAAACACAAUUUUUGAAAGAACCUCUUCUACUUAAAGUAACAUGUACUAGAAUAUAACAUUGCUUACAUGUUUGGGUUGUGCUAAACUAUUGCUGAUAAAGUUCACUUAUGUAAUCCCCCUUUGAAUGUUCAUGUAAGAACUGUUGUAUUCUUUAAUUUUCAUUGUAUACAAAAUUCUUUGCAAAGUUUUUUUUUAUUGGUAUGGAUAGAAUUUUAGUUUAGUCUAGUCUAAUUACUCUUAAUUUGGGGUAAUUAAAAAAUAGUACUGGUUGAUAUAACUGAAAAUGAUUUCUAUAACAUUUUUAAAAAAAAAUGUUGGUUAGACAUAGUAAUUAAUGUUACGAUUGGCGAUCAACUAUCAACGUUGUCAAAAUUUUAUUUAGUCUACAAAUGGACAGCUGUUUGUCAACUAUGUUGAUCUUAUUAUUUUCCUGAUUGAAAAUAUCGUUAAUUAAUGUAAUUACUUAUGCCUCAAUUUCAUUUAAAGUGUUUUUGCCGUUUCAUUUAGACAAGUAGAUUAAUUAAUAUGUGUAGCCUUAAUGAAACUGAGCGAAAUGGAUUAGACUUGAUGUUCCAGUUACCAAUGUUCGUAAUUUAUGGGCAAAGAUGUUAUAACUUACAAAUCAUUAUUAUUCAACAGGCAACUCUUUGUAGUUGACGAAGCAUUUUCUUGGUAACGGAGAACAUUUAAAAUCUAUUGCAUAUCAAUUAUUUUUCUUCAUUUUAUUUACUUGUUAUUUUUUUCAUUGGAGUUGUAUUUUUAAUUAUUAUUUUUAAUUAAUUAUUUCAUAAUUCAUAAUAGUUUUGUUUUCAUACUGGAAAGUAGUUUUUAAUAGACCAAUUUUUAAACACAUGAUAGACUUGAAUACGUGAGGGGAGAUAAUCAAGAGUUAGAAGUUCAUUAGCUAAAAUAGACUUUUGCAACAUUACAUACAAAGUUGUUUUUUUUUUAAGUCACAAAAACUUUGUGAUUUUUCUUACAAUUGUUUUUGUUGAUGAAUAAUUCAAGAUUCAAAAGAAAGUCUCAAGCAACACAAAUAAAACAGUUUGUAUUACAAAUUUCCCCACCAAACUGUAAACUAUAUUUACUUUUGUCUUCAUUCAAUUACUACAGUCUUGUAGAUAUAGUAUACACGAAACAGCAAGUGAGAGAAACUUUCUAUCUGUAGGGCUUUUUGUUUAUUAGGGUGUAAUGUGGUCAGCACAACGACAAACCACGUAUACUGUUCCCUAACUAAUGUCAGGCACCCAUUUGAGUUGGGUGGACUCAAAGGUAUCCUAGAAAUCUCGAAUUUCAAAAUCCCAAGCUUUACUGACUUUGAAUGUGAAACCCUUUGAUUUGUAAAAACCACUCAGCCAGCCCACUCUGAGGUACAAUCAAGAUAUAAUUUUAAAAAAAAAUCAAUGCACAUGGCGCUGAAUUUCUUUGCAAUACACAGAACAAAAACAAAUUUGGAAAAACUCGCAGACCUUCAUCUACGCCAGAUAUCGGGAAUGAAGCGACUCAAAGAGAUAUCUAUUUUCAACUUGUGGGAGAGAACCUAUCAAAAACCCAUAGCCCAACAUAUUUAAAAAGCCAAAAUGGAUCUGGAUUGACACACUCUGCAGAAAAACCAACCGCCAAUGUUGAAAGGCAGGCACUUGAUUGGAAUCCGCAGAGGAAAAAGGGGAAGUGGGCAGACCCAAACAAACCUGGCCGAGGAUACUGAAACGACAUGGGAGCUGAUGAAAAAAAUACUGCUUAGAAUCAAAUUUGGUGGGGAGGUGUGGUUUCAGCUGCAUGCUGCGCUAGGAGUUCACAGGAAUAACUGAAAUAUGUAAAUAACAUGCUUACAACAAACCCAUUUUGAAAAAAAAAUAUUUUUUUUUGCAACUUAUAUAGAAAAAACAUUACAAGGAAAUGUACUGGAUGACAUUACAUAAUGUAAACUAUGUUGAAGGCUUAUGGAUUGAACUUCAAAACAAAUAUUUCAAGUUAGCUUUAAAAAAAAUUAGAAAUGGAAAAUUUUUGAUUUUCAAACUGUAAAAUAGCUAUUGCUCCUAAGUUAGCUUGUGUUUGUUGAUUGACUUUUACUGUGAUCCAAUUCUUUCAAGAUUUUAACAUUUAUUUUACUGUCUCACAGGGUAUUGUUACUAACACAAACCAACACAUUUGUUUAUUUGUUUUGUAAGAAUGUGUUUGAUGUUCGACUUUUUAGCUCACAUCAAAACAAAGUUAUCUUUUCUUAUCUAAUUUCAUUCCCAGCCCUUUUUUUUUUCCUCCCUAUAACCCCUAUCCCCCUUACAAACACACUCACAGAAAUCUUCUGAAAUGUGUCUGUGUUUGUGUGCCUGGAUAUUCUUUUCGUUAUUACUCACUGGCGUCUGUAACUUGUAAACAAAUGUGAAAAACCUAGAUCUAGUCGUAUUUAAAAUCAAGAAAAAACAACUUAAAACACACAAUUUAGAGUUUGAUUAAGUCAUUAGUUUCUUUGAACCUAUGGGCUCUUAAAGGUUGAGAACUAUUCUUGCAUAAAACAUUUUUUACAGGUUGUGGUUUACAAAUUUUGUUGUCUUUUGUUUUUAUAAUUUUGUUGUUAUAUUUCUAAAUAUUUUUGAAAGUAUAAACUGUGAUUGUUAACAAAAAUGUUUAUUUACUGCUGGUAAAGAUACUUAAUUCUUAUUUAUCUUAUAAGUUUUGUUUUGUAGUCUGAGGCUAAAGUUGAAGCAUUUUUUUUAUGACAAAGAAGUAUUUUACAGUAAGAGGUGGUUAUACAUAGGGUAAAUACAGUAAGGCAGUUUGCAGCACCCAGUGCUACACUCUGGCAGAACCUGCGACGCCGCUGACCCCAAACUGUAUCAGCACUGACGUUCCUUUGGAUACAUCAGCUGCGUGAAGUGGGGGGAACUGAUGUGUGGGCGACAUCGUUUUGACCACAGCUAAUGCCCAGGCAUUCAUCUCAUUUCCAUGAGAUGAUCCAUAGUCGCUUCGCGACUGAAGGAGGCCAAAGAUGGACAUACAGUAAGACAUAGUUAAGUAGAGUUGCUGUCUUGGCCAAAGUCUUUGGUUGUGUAUCCACAUCCAGCUUUCAUUUAGUAGUUAAAUUUGGCUUUGCAAGUCCCAUAACCAGUUCUUUCUUGGCUAGAGUAGUUCUCACAUAACGGUGUUUUAAUAAUAGUGUGUGUAAUAUGUUGUUAAAGAAAGGGGGAUAAUUAGAGAAACAUUAACAAGGCUAUAAAUAAAACCCAGGCCAGCAAUUAACAUUUAGGUAUGUGAAGGCAUAAAGAUUUAAUACCAGCAUGGACCUCAGUUACAUUCUCAAGCUGUUAGAAAAAAAAUUGGGUCUCAAAACAUUUCAAAUAAUGAGAUCAGUUCUGGAAUAAAAGUAUGCUCUUGUUCCAAGGGUCAGAGUGCAUAGCACUGACUUAGAUCAAACCUUUAUUCCUUGGGAUAUCAGGGACCAUUAUAUGAGUGUUUUUUAUUAUAUUUUAUUUGUACAUUUCUUUUUUUUUUUUUUUUUUGUUGAACAAAGAUGAUUCUUUUGACUUGAUUGCAAUCAAUUUGUCAAUAAUGAAUAGAAAUUGUUAAGUCUUAUCACAGAGAUAUUUCAUUUAGGUGUUUUGUCUCCAUCAAUUGUUGGUGACAAGUUUUUUUUAGUGAUCUUCGCCGAUUGUACAGUUUUACCUUAUUUUAUAGUCGAUGGCUUUAUGAACACACAUGGUGAUCUACUCAUAAUAAAGUCUUUGGAAUUACUUGUGUUUUAGAAAUAAUAUACUAAAGGAUUUGAUGUGUAAAAAAAAAAUUGGGAUUUAUAAAUUUCAGCAUUCUGUUGAUUACCUGAAUAAGCUGCUUACUCUAAUCAUUGCUUUGUGGAAUGUCUUAGCAACUACAAGAGCGGAUACAAACAGACACAAUUAGUUUUCGUAAGCAGCUCAUUUUUUAAAAAAUUGCUUUGAUAUGGCGCAUCGUUCAUACUUACAGGAUGCUCGGUGGUCCAAUCUAUUUUGUGGACCAGUGGGGGGAGUCGAGAAUUCUGGGAGAAAGUUUCCAUGCUGCCUUUAGGUAAUUUGUAAGCACAUCUCUUAGUCAGGAUUUAACCUCGAGCCCCCUUGUUAGGUGGCUAAUGCGUGGUCAACCACAUUAUCUCCAUUGACCAUGUUUUAUAUUACUAUUAGUAGAUCUAGAGGGUAAUUCGGGGUUUGUUGUUUUAUUGUUUCUCCUUGUAAAGAGUUACUAGAACUAAAAUUGAUUGAAAUUCAUUGUUAUAUACAUGUUUUGAAACCCUUAGUCCAAGGUAAAAAUAAUUAGUUGCAUCCCAAAACACUCAGAAAAGACUUUUUUUUUGCUGUGUUUUCUACAAUCUCCAAUAAAAUCAAAGUUUAAAAUAUAAAAGACAUGGGGACAAAAAUCUGAAUGUUUUGAAAAGAAAAACAAAAUUCGCAAAUUCAUUGCCAAACUAAAAUAAACAAAAAUUGUGUCUGCUCCUCCUCCAACACAAUAAAUGUGCUAGAAAAAAAAGUGGACUAACUAGAGCAAAUUAUGAGCAGGCGAUCUCUUGGUUUCUAUGGUGACACUCUCCAUGUCCAAAUGUAUUUAAAAGUACAAUAUAUGGUUGUCAAUUUUAAGUCUGGUACCGGUACCUGAUGUGACAUGAAGUGACCUGUAUAGUUUCAAAUUCUUAUUCUCUGUUGUAACUGAAGUGAAAUGUUGCUCAUUUAUGCCUGGACCAGUCUGUAAGUGUUCAACUCGGUAACCAAAAUUUUUUCUUCUGCUUGUAGUGUCAUUCUGUAUUUGUGCUCAUUUUAAUUUCUAUUGUGACUCAUCAAAGGCUGUGCAAUAUGUACCAAUCCUUUGUCCCAAUAAAGCAACAAGUAACAAG